UGACGUAGUGAAAGAGAACGUAUUUCGACGAGGCGGUUACUCAUUCCGUGAGUACUGCGCUGCGUUUUGUCAUCCAUAUACAUUCACAAAGUUCCUGUCGAUAGUUUUCUUGUGUCAAGUAGGUGUUAUAAAGGUUGGAGCUCACAAACGAGUGGUCAAGAUGUCGUAUAUGCUACCCCAUCUUCACAAUGGCUGGCAGGUCGACCAAGCCAUUCUGUCCGAGGAAGACCGCGUUUUGGUGAUCCGGUUUGGACACGAUUGGGACCCAACGUGUAUGAAAAUGGACGAGGUCCUAUACAGCAUUGCUGAAAAGGUCAAAAACUUUGCUGUCAUCUACCUGGUUGAUAUUACGGAAGUACCAGACUUCAACAAGAUGUACGAGUUGUACGAUCCCUGCACCGUUAUGUUCUUCUUCAGGAACAAACACAUCAUGAUUGAUUUGGGCACUGGUAACAACAACAAGAUCAACUGGACCAUGGAGGACAAGCAGGAGAUGAUAGACAUUGUUGAAACAGUUUACAGAGGCGCCAGAAAAGGCCGAGGUCUGGUGGUGUCGCCGAAGGAUUAUUCCACUAAAUACAGAUAUUGAUUUGAGCUUCUGUCCAGACUUUUUAUAUAUUGUAGUGUAAGUUUCAUGUUUUGUUUUGUUUUAUUUUGGUUUCUUUUUUAUCUUCAGUUAUUUAAUGAAGGUAGAUGUUUGAAACUGUUCUGACCUCUUUCGUGUUUUCACCAAAAUUCAAAUAAACCAGAGUGUAGAUGAGAA